AAGAACGCACGAAACACAAUGCUAUUUGUGAAUGAACCGGUUCCAAUUUCGAAAAGUCGUUACAUAACUGUAUUAGAGGAAUUGAUGUAGGGUAUUUAAUGGUAGGCCAUGGCCUACUCUACGUUUUCUUUUUAUAUAUUUAUGAAACUAAUUGUACUCCUUUAACUUUGUAUCGAUUUAUUCAAAGCUUGCUAUGGCAUUCUUGGAUCUCUAUCCGGAAUAAACGGCAAAACACCCGACUACGCUCACUUUGAUCCCAUGCCCAUUCUUCAUUACUUGGAUGAAUUUGAUGAAAUUAAUCUACCUACUUACUGGAGUCCUAGCUUGCUGAAGUUUCUACCACCGAUGCAACUUGCCGGUCACCUUCAACUAUUCUUUUUCGUCUAAUUGAACGACCUCUUUAAAAGUUAUUGGACUUACAGAUCGCAAAAGCUGAGACCACUGAAAACACCUAAAAUAAAGUGAAAUGUCAACUUCAAAACAACAAAUGGAGAUAAUGCUGAGUUUCAUCGAAGAAAACCCGGAGAUGGCUCAAAAUUACAACGAAUGUACUGCCCAAGAUCGACAAAAUAUAAAUGAGUUGUGGGAUGAGCUACGAACGGAGCUAAAUUCACUCGGUUAUCCGAAUAAAAGUACAUCGGGAUGGCGAAAAGUGUGGGCAGAUCACAAAUAUAGGGAAAAAAAGAGAUUGAGUAGCAACAGAAUCUCGAUACAAAAAAGUGGAGAAGAGAUGAGCGAGGAGUUGCUGCUAACAGCAGCAGAAGAAAGAAUUGUUGAGUUGGAAAAUCUCGAGACGACCAUCGAUGGUGAUUCAAUUAAAAUAUUUAGAGACGAUCCUUUGCUGUCCACAAGUAUAACAGUGCAAAGCCCCAUUACGGUAGAAUGCUUGGAGGAAGACAAUAUUCCAACGUCAACUUCAAAAGAACAAAUGGAUAUAAUGCUGAGUUUCAUUGCAAAUAAUCCGGAAAUGGCUCGCAAUUUCAACCAAUGUACUGCCCAAGAGCGUCAAAAAAUUAAUAAACUGUGGGAAGAGUUAAGGACGGAGCUAAAUUCAAUGGGUUUGCCGAACAGAACUACAACGGGAUGGCGAAAAGUUUGGGCAGAUCGAAAGUACAAGACAAAAAAAAAAUUGAACAUCAACAGAAGGUCCCUUCAAAAAAGCGGUGGAGAGCCAAGCGAGGAGGUGACAUUGACAGCCGAUGAAGAGAUGAUUGUUGAGUUGGCAAACUUAGACUCAGCUAUCGAUAACGAACCAAAUAAAAACUUUGAAGACGAUACAUUGUCGUCCAGAAGCGAAUCACCCCGAAGCCCUAAUAUGACAGAUUCCUCCCCCGAGGACGACAAUCAAACCCCUACAACUAAUAAGCGAAAGCGUUCCUCGCAAAAUGACAACGCGGAAAAGACAAAUUCACGCUCCGAUAUCUUGGACUUGCUUCGUGAGCACGUUAAGGGUGAACGAGAAUACAAGAAGAAAAAAUUGCGAUACCAAGAGAAAAUAGUGCAAUUGAUGAGGGAGGGUAACGAGGAGGAGAGGUCAUUUCACUCAAGCAUGUUAAAACUGUUCAAGGAAAAGAACGGCCUUCUUCGACAAAUCCCACGUGAAUUCGAAAGUGAAGAGGACUAAGACAUAGUUUCAUUUUUUUCCUUUUUGCAUACAUUGAUUUAAAAUUUGAACUUUACAUUUUGUGUCCUUAUAUU